AGAAAAAACUUCAUCUCUCCAAUUGUGUAGCCAUUCAUAGCUUAGCUCACAUGUACACCCUAAGCCAGCUUGCUCUGAAAGCUGCUGAUAUGAUACGGAGAAAUUUCCACAAAGUAAUUCAGGAUGAAGAAUUUUAUACUUUACCUUUCCAUCUCAUUCGAGACUGGCUUUCAGACUUGGAAAUCACGGUUGAUUCUGAAGAGGUUCUCUUUGAAACAGUUUUGAAGUGGGUUCAGAGAAAUGCUGAAGAGAGAGAGAGAUACUUUGAAGAACUUUUUAAAUUGCUCAGGUUGUCCCAGAUGAAACCUACCUACCUUACGCGGCAUGUCAAACCAGAGAGACUGGUAGCCAAUAAUGAAGUUUGUGUCAAGUUGGUGGCUGAUGCAGUGGAGAGGCAUGCCCUGAGAGCUGAGAAUAUACAAUCUGCCACCUUCCAGCACCCUGCUUCUCAUGUCUCAUUAUUACCUCGUUUUGGGCAAAACAUGGACGUGAUCAUGGUUAUUGGGGGUGUGUCAGAAGGAGGGGACUAUUUAAGUGAAUGUGUGGGGUAUUUUGUUGAUGAAGACAGAUGGGUAAACCUGCCCCAUAUUCAUAAUCACCUUGAUGGACAUGCUGUUGCAGUAACAGAAUCCUAUGUGUAUGUUGCUGGAUCGAUGGAACCAGGGUUUGCUAAAACUGUAGAAAGGUAUAACCCAAAUUUGAAUACGUGGGAACAUGUUUGUAGUCUGAUGACAAGAAAGCAUUCUUUUGGACUGACAGAAGUCAAAGGGAAGCUCUAUAGCAUUGGAGGACAUGGCAACUUUAGUCCUGGCUUUAAAGAUGUGACUGUUUAUAAUCCUGAGCUUGAUAAAUGGCACAACUUGGAAUCAGCACCAAAGAUUCUUCGAGAUGUCAAAGCACUAGCCAUUGAAGACCGCUUUGUGUACAUUGCUGCCCGCACUCCUGUGGACCGGGACACUGAAGAUGGAUUAAAGGCUGUAAUUACUUGCUAUGAUACAGAGACUCGACAGUGGCAAGAUGUAGAGUCUUUGCCACUCAUUGACAAUUACUGCUUUUUCCAAAUGUCGGUGGUCAAUUCAAACUUUUAUCAGACAGCAUCAUGCUGUCCCAAGAGUUAUUCUUUAGAAAAUGAAGAGGCAGUAAGAAAAAUUGCCAGUCAAGUGUCUGAUGAGAUCCUUGAAAGCCUGCCUCCAGAAGUCCUUAGCAUCGAAGGAGCAGCCAUUUGCUAUUACAAAGAUGACGUCUUCAUUAUUGGAGGCUGGAAAAACAGUGAUGAUAUUGACAAACAGUACCGGAAAGAAGCCUAUCGAUACUGUGCUGAGAGAAAGAGGUGGAUGCUUCUUCCUCCCAUGCCGCAGCCUCGUUGUAGAGCCACUGCUUGUCAUGUGAGGAUCCCAUACCGGUACUUGCAUGGCACACAGAGAUAUCCUAUGCCUCAAAACCUAAUGUGGCAGAAAGACCGCAUCAGACAGAUGCAAGAAAUACAUCGGCACGCCCUAAACAUGAGGAGAGUCCCAAGCUCUCAGAUCGAAUGCUAGGUUCUGUAUACAUGCAGCUUAAGACUGUUAUACCUGUCUCGUGAAGUGGAAGAUACAUAGACUGUUACUUGAAAAGUAUGUUGAUAACUUAUUUUCUACCUGAACUGAUUAUUACCUACCCUCAAAAAGGAAGUAUAGUUAAAAACUGAAGAAUGGGAAACUCAGUUCAAUAUGUGAUAAUUUUUGUUAGUUUGCAGUCGUUAUCUGUCUUUGGUUUGUGUGUAUGUGCUAGCUAAAUAAGAUCUUAUUAAAGACAAGUGGAAAAUCAGAUGUAGUUACUUGGCUGUUUCUCUGCCAAUAAGAUAUAACUCCUUUGUCUUGGGGACUUAGGUUUUGAACAUGCUUUAAGCACCAAUUUUAUUUGCACAUAAACUUUGAUAUUCUUUUUUGUUUUUUCCAGAAUGGUUGGUUUUGGCAAAGUCAGAAUUUAUGCAUCGAGCCCUUAUCUGCAGGAGGCAUGUGCAAUAGUGAGACUAAAAUUUGAAGGAAAAUGAACAAUAUUUUCAGCAAGGAGAUUUCAGAAUGUUCACAUUGAUAUUUUGCCGUAUUUAUCUGGAGAUGAUAUUUUCAUUUCUAGAAUAGGUGACUGAUGAGAAAUUUGUGAUUGGCUCACGCAUUUUUGCAAUAUUUUUCAUUUCUUUAGCAGCUGUUUAUAGAAUUUAAGCCAUCACUCUGAGAUGAUGGUAGUUGGCAAAAGUGUCUUUAACUGAUUAAAUACAGAGGAAGUUACAUAUAUGAAAUUUGUUUCUCUAAGAAGAACAGUAUUAUCAGUGUAGACUGAGAAAUCAAAGGCAAACACUUUUUUCAGGAGUUGCAGGCUUAUUUGAGGAUAUGUUAAUGAGUGUAAAUAAUGCCUAUGACAAUCGACACUCAAUGCCUUCAGUUUUAAUUUUUGCUCUAAUGCAUAUUGUGUGGUCUUCAUCAUUCCUUUCUGUAAGAAACAUUUUUUUUCCCAAAUGGGAAGGAAUUAAUCUUAGAGAAAUGUUGCUAAAGAGAAGCCUUACCAUUUCUGGCCCUGAUUCUUGUAGUCUAUCCAAUUUGCCCUAGCAUUUUAUUGGAACUUUUCCUGAGACUAGAAUACCAAAUUUGGGUGCAUAAUUUUGACUUAAAGAUUUAUCACUACAGGUAUAUCGUAUUGAUUUUUAAGCAUUCUUCUAAUUCUCUUACACAUUCCUAAGCUUUAUACAAGUUAGAACUCAGGUUUACUCUUUUAACAUUAACACAAAGGACUCCUGUUCUAACGGUUUGUAAUGUUUGUCCAGUAUACCUUUCUUGUUUUCUUAAGGAAUGUGUUUACCUUCUUAGACAUUCCAGAAUACCAUUCAAGAGGUCAGAUUCCAAGUGCAGUGUUUUUGUUUCUUUUUUUUCCCCUAGUAAAUUAAACUUAACCUUCUUGUUAGUUGCAUGAUCAAACAUUACAAGAAAAAACAC